CAUCGCAGCUGUGAAAGGAAGGCAGCAGCCAGGGGAAGGCGGAGAGCUGGGAGCAGCGGAGGAGGGGAGAAGCAGCCGCCUCAGUCAGAAUGGAUGUGGCUCUGUAAAGGCUCGGGAGAAGCCAUGCUGGGGGUCGCGGGGAGAGAUUGGCUUUGCUUUCUCUCCUUUUCACUGCCUGUCCUAGGGCUGCUGGCGGCUCCGGAUCCGAGAUGGAGAAGAGGAAAAGAUGAAGCAAAUCUCUUACCACAGCAUGAACUGAUAAUUCCUCAGUGGAGAAGAACAGAGAACACAGCAAGAGAGAAGCAUCCCCUCCGAGCUGAACUCAGGAUAACCGCAGAAGGGAAAGACCUCAUCUUGGACCUGGAGAAGAAUGAGUACCUCUUUGCCCCUGGCUUCACAGAAACCCAGUAUACUCCAAGUAAAAGCCGUCAAGUCAUACCAUUGAAAGCUGAGGAUGACUGUUUUUACCAUGGGAAAGUGAGAAAGGAAGAACAAUCCAGUGUUACUCUCAGUACCUGUAGAGGCAUCAGAGGCCUGAUUGUGGUGAGGAGCAACCUUAGUUAUAUCAUCGAACCCCUGCCCAAUGGGCAGGACCAGCACCUUAUUUAUAGAUCGGAGCAUCUCCAGUUGCCUGCUGGAAGUUGUGGUUAUGAGCAUUCCCAACCCUCUGCCAUGGACUGGGUUCUACAGUUCACAAACCAAGCCAAGAAGAGGCAUCACAGGGUCCGGAGGGAAGAUUUACAGUCUACAAAGUAUGUGGAACUCUACCUGGUAGCAGAUUAUGCAGAGUUUCAGAAGAACCGUCGAGACCCGGAUGCCACCAGACACAAACUCAUGGAGAUUGCUAAUUAUGUUGAUAAGUUUUAUCGCUCUCUGAACAUCCGUAUUGCCCUUGUGGGCUUGGAAGUCUGGACUCAUGGAAACAUGUGUGAAGUCUCAGAGAAUCCAUAUUCUACUCUCUGGUCCUUUCUCAGCUGGCGGCGCAAGUUACUUGUACAGAAGAACCACGACAAUGCCCAACUGAUCACGGGAAUGUCUUUCCAUGGUACCACAAUUGGUCUGGCCCCACUGAUGGCCAUGUGUUCUGUGUACCAGUCUGGAGGGGUCAACAUGGAUCACUCAGAGAACGCCAUUGGGGUAGCUGCCACUAUGGCGCAUGAGAUGGGCCAUAACUUUGGAAUGAGCCAUGAUUUGGCAGAUUGUUGCUCGGCAAGUGCUGCAGAUGGUGGGUGCAUCAUGGCUGCUGCCACUGGGCACCCCUUCCCCAAGGUAUUCAAUCGGUGCAACAGGAAGGAGCUGGACAGAUACCUGCAGUCAGGAGGUGGCAUGUGUCUUUCCAACAUGCCAGAUACCAGGACAUUGUAUGGUGGCCAGAGAUGUGGAAAUGGAUACCUGGAAGAUGGAGAAGAGUGUGACUGUGGUGAGGAGGAGGAAUGCCACAAUCCCUGCUGCAAUGCUUCUAAUUGUACUCUGAAACCAGGGGCAGAGUGUGCACAUGGCUCCUGCUGUCACCAGUGCAAGCUGCUAGCUCCAGGUACUCUGUGCCGUGAGCAAUCCCGGCAGUGUGACCUCCCGGAGUUCUGUACUGGCAAGUCACCUCACUGUCCUACCAACUUCUACCAGAUGGAUGGCACCCCAUGUGAAGGUGGGCAGGCAUACUGUUACAAUGGCAUGUGCCUGACCUAUCAGGAGCAGUGCCAGCAACUCUGGGGUCCUGGAGCUCGCCCGGCCCCUGAUCUCUGCUUUGAGAAGGUGAAUGUAGCAGGAGAUACUUUUGGGAACUGUGGGAAGAACAUGAAUGGAGAACACAAGAAGUGUGCCAUGAGAGAUGCCAAGUGUGGGAAAAUCCAGUGUCAGAGUUCAGAGGCCAGGCCCCUGGAGUCCAAUGCAGUGCCCAUUGAUACAACCAUCACCAUGAAUGGGAAACAGAUUCGCUGCCGGGGCACCCAUGUGUACCGAGGUCCAGAGGAAGAGGGAGACAUGCUGGAUCCAGGGCUAGUGAUGACUGGAACCAAGUGUGGCUAUAACCAUAUUUGCUUCGAGGGACAAUGCAGGAAUACCUCAUUUUUUGAAACUGAAGGUUGUGGGAAGAAAUGCCACGGCCAUGGGGUCUGUAACAAUAAACAGAAUUGUCAUUGCUUCCAAGGGUGGGCCCCACCUUUCUGCAAUACUGUGGGCCAUGGAGGCAGCAUCGACAGUGGGCCUAUGCCCCCCCAGAAUGUUGGCCCUGUGGUAGCUGGAGUGUUGACCGCCAUUUUGUUGUUGGGUAUCAUCCUACUGGUGUUCUAUUAUUGCAAAAGGCGCAGACUGGGCCCCCUGAAGCCCUCUGCUCUCCCUUCCAAGUGGAGGCAACAGUUCAGUUGCCCCUUCAAGGUGACUCAAAAUGACGGCACUGGUCAUGCCAACCCGACUUUCAAGUUACAGACACCCCAGGGAAAGAGAAAGGUUACCAACACACCUGAAGUUCCACGCAAGCCAUCACAACCUCCUCCCCGACCUCCUCCAGACUAUAUGCAUGGCAGCUCUCCCCCUCCCCCUCUCUCAAUACACCUCAAUAGGGAUAUCAGGAACUCUCCAGGAGCCAGCACCCAAGUGGAAAGAAAAGAAUCUGUGAGACGGCCUCCCCCAAGCCGGCCAGUGCCUCCAGCUCCCAAUUAUGUCGCCACCCAGGACUUCUCCAGACCCCGUCCACCUCAGAAAGCUCUGCCUGCUAACCCUGUGCCAGGUCGCAAGACACUUCCAAAGAAUAGCAGCUCCUCUACUCUAUUGUCACCUGCUGCUGGAAGCAGCCCGCGGCAUCUUCGGCCACUAGUGGCUCCAGCUCCCAAGGUGUGUCUCCCAAGGAAGCAUUUAGAAUAGGAACAAGUUCCCAGAUUUCAGGACCCAGAGGGCUGGGAGAGUGACUAGCUCAAAAAUAUAAUACCAACACUUAUAUGAGGAGUCCCAACUGGAGUUCCUUGUUUCCAUGAAGACCUAGGAUGUCACAAAAGAUGUCGUGACCUUGUGAUGAGGCAGAACCAUAUCUAGUUACUUGCCAUUUACUUAACUUACCUCCUCCUUCUCCCUCCUCCUAUCCCAUCACCUCCAAUUCUUGGAUACUUUGAACCAGACUCAGUAUGAUCUGACUUCCUUUGGAACCCCAAAUGACUCAUUUUCAACAAAAUUUAAGUGUUGUUUUAUGUAAUAUAUAAUUUGGGGAGGAGGAGAGUGUAGGAACUUGAGAAAGAAGAUGAAUAUUGGCUUCUCUUGACUGUCAAUCACUCAAAAUAUCUGCAGAGACUGGGUCACUUACCUUCCCAUGGUCACCUGAACCUCCAAAGACCAGCAUCAAAGGAGAAAUCUGGCUAUUGAGGGAUGACCCAUCUACCUCUUAAGCCAUCUCAGAUCAAGACUCAGCCUGGAAAAGCCUCUCUGAGGCUCGUGGAGGGGGUAGACCAAUCCAAUGUGUCUUCCAUACCUUCUCUCUCUAAGAAGUUGGAAUAAGUGGUUCAGCUCCAGGGAACCCUGGAACCAGGAGAACCAGAGGAAAAUCUCUUGUGAUCAAGAUGUGCCAGGUCACCUGAGCCACCUUGAUUGGGAUGCUUUGUCGAUCCUUUCUCUGUUUGUGAUACAUAUCCUGUGGAGUCUUCUUUCCCACUUCCCUUCCCCUCUCUCCAUUAUUCACAUGGGUCAUUUUUGACUCAGAUAGGUACUACAGCUAGAUUAACCAGUCCAUCUAUGAUAACAUAGACAGCAGGGGGGAGUGCCAUGCUUGUGUCUCCUCUGAGCCAUAAUGGUAAUGCCAAAGGUCUUGAGUACCAAUAGAUUGGGUCUCUUGUCUUAUCCUCCUUGGUGCAUAUCAGGUACAUUCCAUUCUAGCACUUGCUACUCCGGAGUUCCAUCACUUGAUUCCUCCCCUCUUCCCCUCACCUCACUCUCACCCUGGUCCUUGACUAUAAUGAUGCGUGGUGCUUUGGUGAAUGGACAAUAGCAAGCCCUGUCUUCCUUAGGGAUCUGGUGCAUAUAGCUAUCCUCAGGGCUUAUAAGUAAUUCCCUAGAAUUGCAGACAGGGUCUUACUUAUAAAUCUGUGUUUAUCUUUGUGCUUUGGGCUUUCUGAUAUUGGAUCUCAGGAUCACUGACUGGAAUAAGAUUGGAGAGAUAGAGACACUGAUGAUGCUUCCUCCCCCAACUUAGCCUAUUUUUGUUUUAUGGAAUCAGGGGUUAUUUUUUCCCCCAUUUCCUAUGUAUAUCUAAGGAAUUGCCUCUUGGCAUGGGUUAACAGAUUCGGGCAUCUUCUAUCCUCUCCAGUCAUACAUUCCAGAAAAUAUACAUCCCAUGAAUCUCCCAGCUCUGAAAAAUAAUCUCUCUAGCAAGAGAUCCAGAGGAGUGUCUAGAUCACAAGUCCUUUUAGAAUGUUGCUUCAGUGUUCUCCCUGCCAGCUAGCUCAUAGACCCUUUAUAAACUGUCCGUCCUAAAUGACCCAGUUCCUCCUGGAUCUGUGGGAGUUAUCCAGAAAAAGAAUAUCUGUGUCAAGGGAAGACAAUGAAAAGAAAAAUUGCUUUAUUAGCCAGUUGUACAUUGGCAGAGAUUCUAGUGGUUAAGCCAGCUGUUCUCUCCAGCCUUCUCACAGCCUUUCUCCUAAUCCUUAAUUAUAGGAGAUGCACAGCUGAGAUGUCUCUCUGAUGCAAGAAGGGCAUUUAAUCCUAAAAUCAUUUCUCCCUGAAACAACAUGGAAAGGAAACCAGUAAUUUUGCUUUUUUGAAAACCUCUUUCUACCUACUCCCUAUCCCCAUAGAAGGGCACUGGGAACUGAAAAUGGGUGAAUCUUCUCUGGAUUCUGCAAUCUUUUGGAAUCUCUGUCCUGUACUGAUUCUGCAUCUAUUCGACUGAUCUGGAAACAGCAGGCCAACCUGAUAGAAUCCCAGGCUAAAAAGAGUUUUAGUCACUCCUCUAUUUUUGAUACCCAUUACCAUGUCUAAAAAGCACUGCUCAGGAUAUAAGCCCAAGGAAAUCCCAGGGAAUAUAAAAUUCAGAAACCGACUGGAAAGGUACCCCAGUUCCUUUGGAAACUGGUAGACUGAGGCUUUGCAAAAACAGUCUUCCAAGGUAAACUUUUAGUAUGUGGGUAUGUAUGUAUGUAUGUGUGUGUGUGUGUGUGUGUGUGUGUGUGAGAGAGAGAGAGAGAGAGAGAGAGAGAGAGAGAGAGAGAGAGAGAGAGAGAGAAGGAGGAAACAGAUGGAGAAGUUGACAGUGUAUGUGGAGUGAAUUUGCUUAUUGGUAUGUGUCGAGGCUAUAGGGUAUAUGUGAAGUUUUCUUUUGAUUUGGGAGAUUUUACACGAUUUAGAUCCUUGUCUCCUUGAUUCACUUAUUAAUUGUUUACAAUUGAGGAUAUUUGUGCAUCUAUGCAAAAUACUUGAAUAAUACAAAUCAUUGUGCCUUUUUCCUUGUUUAUAUUUAAUUAAAAUGAAUUAUGGUUUGCCAUUUGAAAUGCCA